AUGAUAUGCUUCCGCAUUUCCGCGGCAUGUGAUAGGCUGCUCGCCAUCCUUGAACCCGACGCAAUCUUGGAAAUGAUCUCUGCGACGGCGCGAAGGGCGCUGCUCGCGCAAAAUCGACAGCUUUUGCGCUCUCAAUUCACUCCAAUUGUCGGCGGAAGAGCACGAUGGGCUGCAACAUCUUCGUCUGGCACUCCUCCCGAGUCUGUCUACGUCCCGGGCGGUCCUGUCUACAAGGGUUCUGUAAAUGAUCCCACCCCGUUUCCUACCCCCUCAAAAGCACAUGGUUCGCACCACUGGGCCUUUGAACGACUUCUCGCUGCGGGACUCGUUCCUUUGACGGGCGUUGCAUUUGUGACGAGCGGCUCGCAUUACCCGGUUCUUGACGGUGUCCUCGCGCUCAGCUUGAUCGUCCAUUCGCAUAUAGGGUUUGACUCCGUCGUCGUUGAUUAUCUCGACACUCGCAAGAAGCCCGUCAUCGGCCAGGUUGCAAAAUGGGGACUGAGAGCUGCUACUACAGCUGCGCUCGUUGGUGUUUACCAAUUCAAUACCAAUGAUAUUGGAUUGACAGAGCUCAUUGCAAAGGUCUGGACCGCAUAA